UCUCUCUGCACGUCACUAAACCAGAACGAAAGAUAAAGAGAGGGGGAAACAGACCGCUUGCAGCAGACGCUUAUUGAGCAAGCAGUCGGGAAAAGUCAGGAGCAACAAAGAGAACAGAGCGAGUGCGUCCGUCCGCAGCCAGCAGACAGACCCAUGGACACGGGAAGCAUGCCGACCGACUUAUCAGAGGCCCUGAAGCUGGCCACGAAGGAAUCACACGAACUCGCUGAAAACUCAGAGUUUAUGAGAAAGUUCCAGAAGGGUCAGGUCACGAGGGAUGACUUCACACUGCUACUGGAUUCUCUGUACUUCAUCUACACGGCCCUGGAAGAGGAGACCGAGCGGAACAAGGACCACCCGGCCUUCGCCCCCGUCCACUUUCCCUCCGAGCUGAACCGGAAGGAAACCUUGGAGCAGGACCUGGAAUACUUCCACGGGCCGGAGUGGAAAAGCCGCAUCGAGUGUCCGAAGGCCACCGGGAAUUACGUGUCCCGCCUCCAGCACGUGGGCCGCGGGGAGCCCGAGCUGCUGGUCGCUCACGCCUACAUCAGGUACCUGGGUGACCUGUCGGGGGGGCAGAUGCUGAGGAGGGUGACCCAGAAGGCUUUGCAGCUGCCAAGCACCGGUGAAGGGGUCGCAUUCUUCACCUUUGACCGGGUCACCAAUGCAACCAAGUUCAAGCAGCUGUACCGCUCGCGCAUGAACACGCUGGAGGUCGACGGAGAGACUCGGCAAAGGAUCCUGGACGAGGCGAACAGGGCCUUUCAGCUCAACGUGGAGGUCUUUGAUGAGCUGUUGCAACUGGGAGCUCACAACCAGCGGAACGGUGGCUUCAUGAAUGGCAGUAUGCUCGGUGAUCUAUCAGAAGCUUUGAAACUGGCCACCAAGGAUGCCCAUGAAUUGGCUGAAAACUCGGAGUUCAUGAGGAACUUUCUGAAGGGCCAGGUCACGAGAGAUCAGUUUAAGCUGCUACUGGACUCUCUGUACUUCAUCUACACGGCCCUGGAAGAGGAGACCGAGCGGAACAAGGACCACCCGGCCUUCGCCCCCGUCCACUUUCCCUCCGAGCUGAACCGGAAGGAAACCUUGGAGCAGGACCUGGAAUACUUCCACGGGCCGGAGUGGAAAAGCCGCAUCGAGUGUCCGAAGGCCACCGCAAAUUACGUGUCCCGCCUCCAGCACGUGGGCCGCGGGGAGCCCGAGCUGCUGGUCGCUCACGCCUACAUCAGGUACCUGGGUGACCUGUCGGGGGGGCAGAUGCUGAGGAAGGUGGCCCAGAAGGCUUUGCAGCUGCCAAGCACCGGUGAAGGGGUCACAUUCUUCACCUUUGACCGGGUCACCAGCGCAACCAAGUUCAAGCAGCUGUACCGCGCGCGCAUGAACACGCUGGAGGUCGACGGAGAGACUCGGCAAAGGAUCCUGGACGAGGCGAACAGGGCCUUUCAGCUCAACGUGGAGGUUUUCAAUGAACUUCAGAGACCGAGCUCGGGGUCAGAGAGAAAUGGCACCGUGCACGGGAGCGACAUCCGCAAACGUGCCGUUGUUCAAGGAAGAUCAAUGCACACAGGAACCACUCGGGACUUGCAAUCGCGUGAACCACUGACGGACGGCUCGGGCCUGCGGUUCAUUCUACUCCUUGGCCUGGUGGCGGUGGUGCUUGGUAUUGGGUGGUACCUGUUGUAGAUCCUGAAGCACACAGUUUCAACCCGAGCGGUCUUCUUCUCCUGUAUAUCUGUAUUUGCAGCACUUACUGAAUUGUAUCCUAUGCCAGCUGUGGCUCAGUGGGUAGCACUCUAACCUCAUAGUCCGAGGGUUGUGGGUUCAAGACCCACUGGGGUCACAUGAUUGAGGCUGGCUUCCCAGCAAAUGCUGUACUGUCAGAGAUGCCGUCCUUUGGGCAAAAAUUGGAAACCAAGAUUCCCCUCGGCACAUUUAAAAAUUCAAUAGCAAAGGGUUCUCUGUGGUGUCAGUUAGAAUUUAACUCUUAAUUACAUUAAGGUAGAUCAGUUGCUCUUGUUAGUGGGAGUCACAGUGCUGCUCUGCCCCAUGUACGAAUCAGCCCAUGCAGACACUGGUCCAGAUCAUUGCUCUGGAGGAGGGUUGUCCCGGUUCUACACUGCCCUCGUUCCUGUACUGCAGGGGUUAGCAACCUUGUUCUGCAUAAGGGCCGGGACGGGACGCAUGUCUGUGAGCGGAUGGCGGGCCACAUCUAUCACGUGUACACAUGGAUCCCGCCCCGGAUGGCAGGCAUCACAUCACGUGUUCACAGA